AUGAGCAUAUGCUUUUGCUCAAUCUCUAAGCCUUCGUUUCUGAGUGGCGAGCACUAUUUCAUCUCCCGAUUGGCUACAAACCCUAGGACUUUCACCAAGCCCGUUCAGUUAUGCGGUGUUCGAGCUCAUGGCAAAGGUCCUAGUUUUAAGGCGGCAUAUAACGACGGAGUCGGAGUUAUUUUCCCCGACGACGCCGUUUCUGAUCGGACCGCCGCGCUUGAUGCUGAGCCGGAGGCUGAAGCUCAUGGCAUGACCAACACAGCCGCUAGCCCCACAAUUGAAGAAUCUCCGGAAGGCAGAAAUCAGAUUCGGGCAAAAAAAUCACAAGCGAAGGGAGGAAAUGAAGAGGAAAUUGAGGGUGAAAGGCGGAAAGGCUAUACAGAUGGUGGCUUUGACAUAGAGGAAUCACUUAGUGAAUUAGAGCAGCUAGCCGAUACAGCUGGUUUACGUAUUGUUGGCACUACUUAUCAAAAACUUGCUACACUGAAUCCCAGGACAUAUAUAGGAUCAGGGAAGGUUGCUGAAAUUAAGAGCGCAAUACAUGCAUUUGAUGUGGAGACUGUGAUUUUUGACGACGAACUUUCCCCUGGACAACUGCGGAACUUGGAGAAAGCCUUUGGUGGAGAUGUUAGGGUGUGUGACCGUACUGCUCUAAUCCUGGAUAUCUUCAACCAGCGAGCAGCCACCCGUGAAGCUUCUUUGCAGGUGUCGCUGGCUCAGAUGGAAUAUCAACUACCUCGGCUAACGAGAAUGUGGACCCACCUUGAGCGCCAGGCUGGAGGACAGGUGAAGGGUAUGGGUGAGAAACAAAUUGAGGUUGAUAAACGUAUCUUAACUGAUCAGAUUGCUGCUCUCAAGAAAGAGAUAGAGACUGUCCGUAAACAUCGCAAGCAGUACAGAAACCAACGUUCUGCUGUGCCAGUCCCAGUUGUGUCUUUGGUUGGGUACACAAAUGCUGGAAAGAGUACACUUUUGAAUCGAUUGACUGGAGCUCACGUUCUUGCUGAGGACAAACUAUUUGCUACACUUGAUCCUACUACAAGAAGAGUGCAGGCAAAAAUAGGUCUUCACUUGCAUUCCUUUGCGGUAGCUGCUUUUAGGGCAACUCUUGAAGAAAUAUCCGAGUCAUCACUUCUGGUGCAUGUUGUGGAUAUUAGCCAUCCACUGGCAGAACAACAAAUAGAAGCCGUUGACAAAGUUCUUGCAGAGCUUGAUACAUCUUCCAUUCCAAAAUUAAUCGUUUGGAACAAGGUUGAUAAUGCACGGGACCCUGAAAAAAUCAGGUCCGAAGCCAAGAAAACCGCAGAUGUCGUAUGCAUAUCUGCUUUAACUGGUGAAGGGCUAGAUGAUUUCUGCAAUGCAGUUCAAGAAAAGCUAAGGGAUAUGAUGGUGUGGGUGGAAGCUCUGAUUCCCUUUGAGAAAGGGGAACUCCUGAGCACCAUACAUCAUGUUGGCAUGGUUGAAAAAACAGUAGGAAUGUAUCCUUGGACACUAAGCUUUGCAUUAGUCAAGGACCAUGGACUUACAGGUAGUUCAUUUAUUCUUUUCUAG